UUCUGCAUAGGUGCUUUAAAGACCCUUAUGAAACAGCGCUCAGCCGGUGCAUUUCUGGAGCCUGUAGACCCUAUAGCCUACAACAUUCCGGAUUAUUUUGAGAUUGUAAAAAAUCCAAUGGAUUUGGGAACAAUUAUGAAGAAGCUACGCAAUGGAGAAUAUGGGACAAUUCUUGAAUUUUCUGAAGAUAUACAGCUCAUGUUCGAUAACUGCUAUUUGUACAAUAAUGCGGGGGAUCCUGUUUGCUGUGAAGCAAAGAAGCUUGAAGAAGUUUUCCGGAAAUGCAUGAAAAAAGCACCCGCAUCCGCUGUAAACUUGAAUAUCGUAUCGCCAGAGCCGUUUGUGAGCACAACCCCGAAAGAGAGAUCAGCUUCUAUUUCUAGUGUACCAGAAACAAUGUCAGAAACAGAAUUCAAACAUUGUGAGACGGUUAUGAAGGAGAUGAAGAAGCAUAAAUAUCACGAUUACAGCUGGCCAUUUGUGCAGCCUGUGGAUGCAGAGGCAUGGGGAGCAAUAGACUAUCAUGACGUUGUAAAGGAGCCUAUGGACAUGUCUACCAUCGAAAAGAAACUUUACGAACACCAAUAUCAUAAUGAAGAUGAAUUCAGAUCAGAUUUUACACUCAUGUUUAAAAACUGCUUUGCAUACAAUCCACCUGAUCAUCUUGUACAUAAGAAUGGAAAGAAGUUUGAGGAA